AAAACCACACUCACACCCUCUCCCCCUCCCAAUUCUCAUCACCUCAAUUGCUCUCUAAUAUCAUCCACCCAAAAGACACUACAUUCCUAUACAGCAGACCUUCACGACACAAUGCCCGGCUUCUCACAGGCCUCGGAUCUGUCGGCGUGGAAUGCCCUUCAGGACCACCAUUCCAAGCUCGGCAAGGACAUUGUCCUCAAGGAGUACUUUAAGAAGGACCCCCAGCGCUUCGAGAAGUUCUCCUUCACCUUCAAAAACGAUGUCGACAGCUCCGAGACUCUGUUCGAUUUCUCCAAGAACUUCGUCACCGACGAGACGUUGAAGCUCUUGGUCGAACUAGCCAAGGAGGCUGGCCUCGAGAAGCUCCGCGAUGACAUGUUCGCUGGCGAGAAGAUCAACUUCACCGAGAACCGUGCCGUGUACCAUGUUGCUCUUCGCAACAUCUCCAAGGAGCCCAUGCAGGUCGAUGGCCAGAGCGUCGUCGAGGAGGUGCACAGCGUCUUGGAUCACAUGAAGGAGUUCACCGAGCAGGUCCGUAGCGGCGAGUGGAAGGGUUACACUGGCAAGAAGAUCGAAACCAUCAUCAACGUCGGUAUUGGAGGAUCUGACCUCGGCCCCGUCAUGGUCACCGAAGCUCUCAAGCCGUACGGCGACCGCGGCCUCAAGUUGCACUUCGUGUCCAACAUCGACGGCACCCACAUUGCCGAGGCUCUCAAGGAGUCCAACCCGGAGACCACCCUCUUCCUCAUCGCAUCCAAGACCUUCACCACUGCCGAGACUGUGACCAACGCCAACACGGCCAAAUCAUGGUUCCUCAAGAGCGCGAAGCAGGAGGACAUCGCCAAGCACUUCGUUGCUCUCUCCACUAACGAGUCUGAGGUUACCAAGUUCGGUAUCGAUAGCAAGAACAUGUUCGGCUUCUCCGACUGGGUCGGUGGACGCUACAGCGUGUGGAGCGCCAUCGGUUUGAGCGUUGCCUUGUACAUUGGCUUCGAUAACUUCAAGGACUUCCUUGCUGGUGCCCAGGCCAUGGACCAACACUUCAAGAACACCCCUCUCGAGAAGAACAUCCCCGUCAUUGGUGGCUUAUUGAGCGUGUGGUACUCUGACUUCUUUGGUGCUCAGACACAUCUUGUCUCUCCCUUUGAUCAGUAUCUUCACAGGUUCCCCGCCUACCUCCAGCAGCUGUCCAUGGAGUCCAAUGGCAAGGCCAUCACCCGCAGCGGUGACUACGUCAAAUACACGACGGGUCCCAUCCUCUUCGGUGAGCCGGCGACAAAUGCUCAGCACUCUUUCUACCAGCUCCUUCACCAGGGUACCAAGUUGAUCCCCACCGACUUCAUCUUGGCCGCGCAGAGCCACAACCCCGUGGAGAACAACAAGCACCAGAAGAUGCUUGCUUCCAACUUCUUCGCCCAGGCUGAGGCCCUCAUGGUUGGCAAAACCCCUGAUGAGGUCAAGGCCGAAGGCGCUCCCGACAACCUGAUCCCUCACAAGACUUUCUUGGGCAACCGACCAACGACUUCCAUUCUCGCGGACAAGAUCACACCUGCCACCCUCGGCGCUCUGAUCGUCUACUAUGAGCACCUCACCUUCACCGAAGGUGCCAUCUGGAAUAUCAACAGCUUCGACCAGUGGGGUGUUGAGCUGGGCAAGUCGCUCGCCAAGAAGAUCCUGUCCGAACUCGACGACAGCAGCGAGUCAACUGGCCACGACGCCAGCACCGGUGGACUCAUCAACGCCUUCAAGAAGAAGGCUACCUUGUAA